AACAAAUGUGAUCAAUGAAGAGAGUUUACAGAGGAAGAUAUUAGUGGAAAACAAGAAAAUGUGGGUGGUAGCCGGCCCGGCCAUCUUCACCCGAUUCUCCACGUUUGGGAUAAGCGUCAUUAGCCAAGCUUUUGUAGGCCACAUUGGUUCAACUCAGCUCGCUGCCUAUGCUCUCGUUUUGACCCUCCUUACUCGGUUUGCCAAUGGAUUGCUGCUUGGAGCAGCCAGUGGAUUGGAAACUCUAUGUGGACAAGCCUAUGGUGCAAGGCAGUAUCAUAUGCUUGGGAUCCAUCUUCAAAGAUCAUGGAUUGUUCUGAUUAUUAUGUCAACUUCACUUGUCCCAAUCUACGUAUUCGCAGCCCCUCUCUUAAGAGCUCUUGGACAGAACGAAGCGAUUGCUGAAGAGGCCGGGAAAAUCGCCCUUUGGGUCAUUCCAGUGAUGUACUCGUUCGUCGUCUCAUUUACCUGCCAAAUGUACUUGCAGGCACAGAGCAAGAACAUGAUCAUAACAUACCUUGCAGUGUGCUCGCUCUCGAUCCAUCUCUUUCUCUCGUGGCUUCUAACUGUGAAGUUCCGUUUUGGUGUCACCGGUGCAAUGGUGUCCACUGUCUUGGCCUACUGGAUUCCGAAUAUCGGCCAGUUGAUCUUUGUCACGUCGGGAGGAUGCCCUGAGACGUGGACAGGCUUUUCUGCCUCGGCUUUCAGUGAUCUUUGGCCUGUAGUCAAGCUUUCCGUGUCAUCAGGCGCUAUGCUUUGCCUCGAGCUCUGGUACAACGCGAUACUGAUACUUUUGACUGGAAAUUUGGAGAAUGCUAUGGUUGAAGUUGAUGCUCUUGCAAUCUGUCUCAACAUCAGUGGCUGGGAAAUGAUGAUAUCUCUUGGAUUCAUGGCUGCAGCAAGCGUACGCGUUUCAAACGAGCUUGGGAAGGGCGAUUCCAGAGCCGCAAAGUUCUCCGUUGCCAACAUAGUGGUGAUCUCACUAGCCAUAGGGCUGGUGCUGUUUGCACUCUUUCUAGUCUUCCGCAAGCGCCUGGCUUAUGUAUUCACGGAGGAUCGUGCUGUGGUUGCUGAGGUCGCUCGCUUGUCGCCUCUGCUGGCAUUCUCCAUCCUCAUGAACAGUGUCCAGCCGGUUCUUUCUGGAGUGGCGAUUGGGGCCGGUUGGCAGAGUGUGGUUGUCUAUGUUAAUAUUGGAUGCUACUAUUUGAUAGGAAUUCCUAUUGGAAUUUUGCUUGGUUAUGCAGUGAAAUUACAUGUUGAGGGUGUGUGGAUUGGAAUGCUGAUAGGCACUUUGUUUCAGACUAUAAUGCUGAUGAUCAUAACUAAGAGAACUGAUUGGGAUAAACAGGUCUCAAUUGCCCGACGACGGCUUAACCGAUGGAUGGUCAAUGAUCGGUCAGCAGAGUCCGUCUGACCAGCAGGAUUCUCGUCUUCGUACAUAAGAAACCAAGCCUGCCAAAAU